AUGGAUCCCGAUUGCGCGAUAUGCCACGCUCCGGCGUCAAUGGCAUGCGAUUGUGAGGCCAAGGGACUUGACGUCGCCGUCAAGCAGGCCGAAGACCGCAUGAUGCGGUCGAUAUACACAGAGAUACGAUCUUGGGUCCGAGGACACGCACAGGACUACAUUCUCGAGUACUUCCGCCUCCUCACCGAUCAACGUAAGACAGCACACUCUGCCCACUUGGACCGUAUCACCGCCCACGCAUAUCACUAUUACCACGCACCACCUCACCCGACGCAGAUUGCCGAAGCUCAAGCUUCCCUGAAGCGCGGCAUUGAUGAAGAUUGGCAAGCGAGCGUACAGCGAUACCCCGAAGUUCUUGAGUAUUUCUUUGGCCUCGUUGAAUUGACCCUGCCGGCGGAGGAUGAGCCCGCGGUCAAGGAUCCGCCCCUGGGAUCUCUGUCAAACUUCCGCAAAGUAAAUCGUCGAAGCGGAAGCGGCGGCGCCGGCGGCGGUGGUCCAGUGCCCGGAGGUUCUGCAGCCGUUGCACCCGUCGGAUACCGCGACCCGGCCGCACUUCACUCUCAAACACCUCCUCCCAUGCCCCGACUCGAUCGCCGUACUCCAGGCCCCCGAGAGAGGCGACCUGCUGGCUUCGGGCCUCCUCCGCCACCGCCCGCAGCGUCUUACUAUCCCGGCUACUGA